GGAUUUAAAGAAGCGGAAACUAUUUCUUGCGCUGGUGGGAGCGUAUGGGGUUAUUCUCAUAUUGCUGCACAAUUUAGUAGAAUUCAGGUCGACACGUGAAGUCAUCGUAUUGGCGGCAAAUUUUCACAAUAGUUCCCUUUCAUUUUUAACAUCAUUAAACUUAAACCUCAGCGUUCUUGCAAAGGAUAAUCAUGAACUCCAACAUGCAAUAACCGAAGACAAAUUUAAAGAUAGUUUAAAUAAAUUGUUGAAAAAUCUGAAUAUAAACGUAACAAACGAGGUUUUACGUUACAAAAAUAUGCAUGAUAAAAGUAACAUACACAAAAAAUACCAACUGACACAGAAAACCUCCAAACCUGAAUCCUCUGAAAAACAAGCUGUUUAUGUUGAUACAGAUUAUGGUAAAGAUUUAGUAAGAGAAGAAGGGUUUACUGUAAAUUCAAGCUGUAUAAGGCGUGUAACUGGAGUGGAAGAUAUUCUGUGCAUGAAUCGACCACAGUUCUUACCGGAUUUCCGGAAUCCUUGCUGGUACCAGCGAGGUUCUUUGAAAUGUCUGCCAUAUUUCCAUAUUAUUGGCGUGUGUAAAACGGGAACCACUGAUUUGUUCGAACGACUUUGUCAUCAUCCUCAGAUACUGGAAAACAAUGGCAUUUUUGGCAAAGAGACCCAGUACUGGACAUGGCGGCGGUACGGCCAUAGACGCUUCUACAUGGAAAUUACUGACCAUAAGACACUUGACAACUUUAUAGACCAAUUUGACGCUAGUGCCAUUGAACGCUACACAAAGAGAAUGCCCAACGGAUCAUUGUACCACCCUGUUGUGACCGGACAUGGUGAUCCAAUGGAUUUCUGGGACCAGUCGUCAUGGAAACAGAUUCCACAGAAUGACCCUACUACUGACACUCCGGAAGUGACCACACCCACUCUUAUCAAGCACGUGAACCCCAACGUAAAACUGAUCUUGAUUUUUAGGGACCCAAUAGAGAGAUUAUUCAGUAGCUAUUUACAUGGAGGUUUUGGCACAACAGCAGCAGAAUUCCAUGAAGAUGUACUGAUGUCACAAUCACUGCUGACGUCAUGCGCGAGAGACCGGAGCAUGAAAGCCUGUCUGUACGAUGAGGGUAUAAUCAGAAAUCUAUGGGUACCAAUAUCCGGUAGUUUCUACUCCGUCCAUUUACAAGAAUGGUUAAAAGUGUUUCCAAGGAAACAGAUAUUUAUUCUCAGGACGGAGGAGUAUUCACAGAAUAUUGCAGAUUCAUUGCUACGAAUUUUCAGAUUUCUGCAUCUAGACCCACUGCCAACUAGAGAUUUAUACCGCAUAGCCAACAUGCCACGUUUCUUCAACACCAAAGCCAAAGAAACUUUCGGCGAGAUUCAAGACGAAACUAAACUUAUUCUACGCUCUCUGUUUGAACCUUACAACAACGAAUUGGCUGCUAUUCUAAAUGAUCAGAAAUAUAAUUUCAAUAACAUCUGAAAAUACCUAAGCGGCAAUGAUGUUAUUUCAGUUACGUUUUAACAGAAAGCUUAUAUCUGUAGCGCAUGAGCGGGAACCGUUCACAUUCUGAAAAUUAAACGUAGGUUCGAAAUAUCUAAGCAUACAAAGUAAUGCCGACGUCUCGCAUAAUGAACAAUUAGCAGUCUUAAGCCUAAGCCAGACAUCAGUUCCUCUGAAACAUUCCCUGAAAGUCCAAAAUAUAAAGGGAUGACAUAAGAUGUGGUUAAGGCAGAGGAGUAAUGAUAGCAAUAUCUAAUGCAUUGUUUAGCCAAAAACAACUAGAUCUCACGACCUCUUGCAGUAUAGAUUGGGCCAAAAUCACCAUCACCGGCCUUAAAGAUAUCUUUGUCGGAGCCUACUAUGAACCUCAAGAACUAGAUGCAGAUCCCAUGUAAAAAUUGAUCCUUUUUUAAAGAAUUUAUGGAAAAUAAAAUCUGAAAAGUAGAUCCCUCGGAAGCACCGAAAACAAGACAAACAGUGAAAAUUGCAGACUCGGUUUGAUUGAGUCUGUUCAUGGGCAGUAAUGGAAAUGCAACACUGCCCACGCCCCCUAGCACCGGCUUAAGCAGUAUUCAAUCUUCAAAUCUAAAUGAGUUGAAAUCAAUGAUCCCGAAGGACCAGAAAAUAUAACAACACUGAGAUGAAGUCGGGGCGACUUCUUACGGCAGCCACACAGCACUUAACACCCGCUGUUGUGAAGUAAAUAAAAUCUGAAAAGUAGAUCCCUCGGAAGCACCGAAAACAAGACAAACAGUGAAAAUUGCAGACUCGGUUUGAUUGAGUCUGUUCAUGGGCAGUAAUGGAAAAUGCAACACUGCCCACGCCCCCUAGCACCGGCUUAAGCAGUAUUCAAUCUUCAAAUCUGAAUGAGUUGAAAUCAAUGAUCCCGAAGGACCAGAAAAUAUAACAACACUGAGAUGAAGUCGGGGCGACUUUUUACGGCAGCCACACAGCACUUAACACCCGCUGUUGUGAAGUAAAUAAAAUCUGAAAAGUAGAUCCCUCGAAAAGCCUUCCCACUACAAUUUUGAGCAAAUAGUUAAGAUCCAACACCCUUGAUCAUUUUUUCACAAACCAUCCAUCCCAUGUUCAUCUGGUUAAAUCCCUACAGAGUCUAACCACCUCAGAUCAUGAUAUAUUCCAUGAACUGAAACUUAAUAGGGGCCGCCCAACCUAGACGCUCAAUUAAGCUCUACAAGAAGGCUAAUUGGAAAGGGCUAAAAUCAGACAUGACGGCCUUUUGUACUAGCUUUCUCGCCGAAACCCAUUCAGACCCCGAGGUAGCGUGAAAUUCAUUCAAGGACUGCCUUAGUGAGUCCAAGUCAAAACACAUCCCAUCCAAAAUAUCAACACCCCGUGCCGACUUGCCAUGGUUAACUACUGAAAUUAUCAGACUCAUACACAUGCGUGAUAAGCUGUACCAGAAACUGCAGAAAUCUCCCAACCAGGCCCAUCAACAGAGAUUCAAAUCCCUUAAGUCUUCUAUCCGGAAGCACAUAGAGCCCAAUACUGGUCAUAUAUGGAAAGUAUCACAUUUGACCAUGAUUCACAACCCGGUAAAAACAAAACGUGUUACAGCUUUAUCAAGCACAACAAAAAAGAAAAUGUCG